UUUUGACUCUGUCAAUAGUCAAUAUAUGAAUAAAGAAGUGACGUUUCCUUGCUAGUAAUCAAAACAAAAGGUGAAAAAAAAAAAAGGAGAGUGAAAAACUAAUUGUUAACAGGUUACAAACUAACUUAGGUAUGCAAGAAAAAUUGAUAAGUUGACGUGGUUUAAUCACUUAUAGUUCUCCAAAACAUACAAUUUUCACUACACCAGUACACGGCCUUACCACAAAGUGUGAAACUGUUCUGGGCGCUUGGAACUUGGAAGUGGAAGUCAAACAUUAUAUUAAAUAACUACAGUUUACUAAAUUACGAAAGGUUUACAGAAAGUGGCUAAAGAAAUGGAUAAUGAGUGUUCUGAUGUGGUGGAAGUGGCGCUGCCUCACAUUAAACAACGUUUUAGUUGGGAUUGUGGUAUUUCAGCUCUCUUGAUGGUGUUGGGAGAGGAUAAUAGAUACUUUUUAAGAAACAACUUGCGUGAAAUUUCCUUGAAAGAGGGAUUUGGUAGGAGUACAUGGUCAAUUGACCUUGCUUAUCUACUCCGGAGGUUUCAGGUUGAUCAUCUUUACUGUACCAUAACAUUUGGUGUCCAUCCUGAAUUUAAAAAUGAGGAGUUUUAUAAACAAACAUUAACAUCAGAUGUGCAGCGAGUUAAUGAAAAGUUUGAGCAAGCAUAUGAAAACUACGUUCAAGUUCAACAAAGGUCAGUGGAUAUUAAGGAAAUUCUAGAUCAUCUUAGGAAUGGAUUUCCAGCUAUUGUCUUAGUCAAUGCCAAUGAAUUAGCCUGUGAUGUUUGUGCAUCUUCAAAGUGUUGGAGAGAGUGGCUUACUUGUUGCCAGUUGUUGCCAUCCUAUCAAGGACAUUACAUUGUUGUUUGUGGAUUUCAACAAAGAGGGUCAAGAAUUCUGUACAGAAAUCCUGCCAAUAGCAACAGAGUAUGUAGUACCUCAUUUGAAGCUUUCAAUAAAGCCAGAAAAAGUUUUGGAACAGAUGAAGACAUCAUCUUUGUUUACCAAUGACGUCUGCUGGCUGUAGAGUUAAACCUUUUUGAUCACCUUGCUAAGCACUCGAGUACAGACUUUGCUUUAAAACUUAACACAGUAUAGGGAACUUCAUCUGUGCAUAUCAGUGACUGAAUUGAUACCUAAACAAAAAUAACAGUUUCUUCAUUUCAAAAAAAGAAGAAAACUUUCUGAGUGAAAGCUGAUCUGUUUUUCUAAUGUUGUAGGAAAUUAAUCUUUGAUGGCGGUUUGAUCGUAAUAAAUUCAUAACAUAUAUAAAAGGUAACAUCACUAGGUCAUUAUAUAUUUAGAUUUUUGUAAUUCUGUAUUAUUUCACUUAACAUUACUGACACAAAAUACAAAAUGAAAUCUCUGUUAAAUUUUGCAAUAAAAGUUAUUCUUAAGUGGCUGUGUUACAGAGGUAAUAUUGAAAAGGUGUAAAUGGUCACAGUCUGAACAAGAAAUAGGUUGUAAGUUAACAUUAAUAUCAUAAUAGGUAGGCAAACAAUGAUUUAUAAGCACAAGGAAAGGUUUUAUCAAUGGUGAAACAUACUACAUUUUUUGACAGAACGUUGGUCUGUCUUCAUUAGGUAUGAUAGAACUAAACAAUACAAGGUUUAUAUAUCGUUACAAAGACAAAAGACAUAGGAAUUAAAUGUCUUGGAAAUGGCAUCAGCAGGUGAAAGGAUAUAAGUAGAGGUCAAGUGUAUGAAUGGUGAAUAGACCUCACCAAAUACGGCUGAUGUUGCAAGGGCCAUUAUCACAAUUUAGUGAGAGGUCAUUUACUAUGAUGAUUUCUAUAGUUUCUAAACAGUAUUUUUCUUUUGUAAUAGUCCCCUGGUGGGACAGCGGUAAGUCUUUAGAUUUACAAUACCAGAAUCAGGGUUCUAUUUCCAUCAGUGGACACAGCAGAUAGCCUGAUGUGGCUUUGCUAUGAAAAGCAACACACUCUCUUUUAUUUUUGGUUGGUGUAGGAGAAGAAUUUUGUUCCAAAGUAUUUUGUAACCUGUUUUUUUUACAGAUGAUAUGUUAAGGUUGUACCAAAUUUCAAAACAGUGUUAACUCUAACCUUUCACCUAUCAACAACAUAAAACAUAAAUUUGUUUCAUUCCCCUUUUGUGCUAGAAAUUGCUAACAAAAUUACUAGACUUUUUUAAUAAUUUGAGCAUUGAUGUAAAAACUGUAUUCAAACCCUCACAUAAAAUUAGAAUUUUACUAGCUAACCCAAAAGAAUCCCUGUUAAAAGAACAAAAACAGGGUAUAUAUAGAGUAUCAAAUGUCACAUUCCUUAAAAAUAAGAUGCAAAUAACACCAAGGUCACAUGCGUAGAGGUGAAUUCCAGUUAUCUACCUUAACAUAUCAUCAGUAAGAAACGGGCCACAAAAUACUUUGGGAUGAAAUUCAUCUCCCAAAACUAGAAAAGAAAGAGACUGCUUAGAAACUAUAGAAAUCAUAAAAUAAACAAUCUCUCACUAAACCGUGAUAAUGGUCCUAGCAACAUCAGCCGUAUUUGGUAAGGUCUAUUCGUCGUUCAUUACACUUGACCUCUACUUAUAUCCUUUCACCUGCUGACACCAUUUCCAUCACAUUUAAUCUUUGUGUCUUUUGUUUUUGUAACAAUAUAUAAACCUUGUAUUGUUUA